UUUUGGUUGGUAAAGAGAAGGGCCCUACCAGACCAAAACCUCUCACAUGCCUUCCCGGCCCGGGACUAGACAAUGGAAAAGAGUUUGCAAAUUUUGUUUAAAAAUAUAUCAAUUUAAUACUUGUAUGAGUAAAAAAAAAAAAAAAAAAAAAGUCAAAGACGAAAGUAGCUCGUGGAAUCUUCCGUACGCACUAGUCAAAGUAGACAAAUGAUACAAAAUCUAGUAUCUUCCAGAAUCUUGUAGCAUUUUUAUUUUAUUAUUUUCAACAAUAAAAUUCCCCAAUUACUAUAAAUUCAACCCACAAAAAUUCGAACUUCAAAUAAAAAACCCCCAAUUUCAAUUUCCUUCACCAAUUAUUCUAAUUUUCUCUCUCCUCUCCACAAAUUUUCCGAUCAAAUGUCGUCCGCCGGUGUAGCGGUGGUGCCGCCGCAAUCAUACUUCUGUUACCAAUGUAAUCGCACCGUAACCCUAACUCCGACGCCCAAUUCCGAUCUCUCUUGCCCUAAUUGCAGCGGUGGUUUUCUCGAAGAAUACGAUUCUUUUCCGCAAAACCCUAACCCUAAUCGUCUUUUCGGUUCUUCUGCUGCUGCUGUUUACCCUGAUCCUUUCUCUUUCCUCGCCGAUCCUUUUUUCACGGCGGUCUCUCGUGAGCCCGGCGGACCAGGUGGGCCCGCUGUGCUCUCUUCGACGACGAUUGAUUUGCAAAACCCUAGAAAUUUCUCACCUUUAAUGUCACCUUCUUCGGGUUCUCCUGCUUUUAAUCCGUUUGAUUUUCUGCAGAAUUAUCUUCAGAAUCUUCAGCAAAGUGGUGCUAAUGUUCAAUUUGUUGUUGAGAAUGAUCAGGGUGAUCCGAAUUUCCGGCUUCCGACCAAUUUUGGGGAUUAUUUUUUAGGGCCGGGUCUUGAACAGUUGAUCCAGCAGCUUGCUGAGAAUGAUCCGAAUCGAUACGGGACUCCCCCGGCUUCAAAACGAGCGAUUGAUGGUUUGCCCAAUGUUGUGAUCACUGCGGAGGUUGUGAAUUCGGAUUCGAAUUCGUGUGCUGUUUGUAUGAAUGAAUUUGAGGUUGAUUCCAGCGCGAAACAGAUGCCCUGCAAACACUUGUAUCACUCUGAUUGUUUGAUCCCUUGGCUUCAGCUUCAUAAUUCUUGCCCUGUUUGCCGGUACGAGUUGCCUACCGAUGACCUGGAAUACGACAAUCGAAGGGCGGGUGGUGGACAAUGUGGGAACUCUGAAGGGUCAUCAGAGAGUGGGAGUGGCAGUGGCAGUGGUGGAUCGCAGGGAGAAGGUAGAAAUAGUGAGAGGAGGUUCAGAAUCGCGCUGUCGUGGCCUUUUAGGAUGUUUGGUGGCUCCGAAGGGAAUAAUAGUGGUAACUAUAGCGGUCCAGGCUCGGGGGCUCGACAAGGUGGUAGUGGUGGUGGGGGUUGUGAUCAUGGUUCGGAGCCAAUGCAUGAAAGCUUGGAUUGAAGUUAAGAAAGUUCUGUGCAGGUUUAUGGCCAGAGCUUUGUAAUUUGAUUUUGUCAUUCUCUCAAGCUCAUUUUUUGCAAGACUUUCGAGGAGGGUGCUGCACUUAUGGACAUAUUUAUUUAUCUUAUAUGUUUGAUACACAUCAAUUUGGGGUUAGAUUGGUAGAAAAAGGAUGCUAGAGAAGGAAGAGUGUUUUCAGUGCUGAUAUUAGCUGUUACUAUUUGGUCACUUGUGUUUGUACAAAAUCGUAUUUGAAAUCAAAUUGGCCUAAUUCAAAACUGAUAUUGUCCUCUUGGCAUUCCUUUAGUUAUAUUGACCUUGUGGUGAAGCUUUGAUAUGAACAAUGAAAUGAUCCAGCACUCUAGCUAAUAUUUCUCGGUAUAUUUUAGUGUGAAUAUUACUGCAUGAUCUGGGCGGGGAAUGUAGGGCAGCAACUCCAGUUCAGCCAGCUUUAUGGUGAAGCUGCACAACUUUGUUUACUCUGUUGUCUGUGCAUCAGCUAUUAACUCUAGCUCUACCGCUUUUGUGUAUAUACCGCACUUCAUCAAUAUCUUGGGUUUGAGUUUGUCAAACAUAUAUACAAAGUAUGAGAUUGUGCUUAAACCUUUCACUCUUGUCUUCAAUUGUAGUACUUAAUGCUUGUAUAUCUGGUUUUCCACUUCGUACAUGCAUAUGCUGGAGAUAGAAGUGAUUUUUGUGCU